GUCAAAUAUUUCAUGUGUUGUACGUCGUGUCCGGUGGAGGUCACAGUAGUUGGUGCAAGCUGAGGUUUCUGCUGUCAUGGCCAAACUGUUUGAGUCCAUUGGGAAGCUGGGGCUUGCCCUCGCCAUCGGCGGAGGUGUUGUGAACUCCGCCCUCUUUAACGUUGAUGCAGGGCACCGGGCCGUAAUAUUUGACCGAUUCCGAGGUGUGCAGGAAGCAGUUGUUGGUGAAGGCACCCACUUCCUCAUUCCUUGGGUUCAGAAGCCCAUCAUCUUUGAUUGUCGAUCCCGCCCACGCAAUGUGCCUGUCAUCACUGGCAGCAAAGAUCUGCAGAAUGUUAACAUCACACUGCGUAUCCUCUUCCGUCCCGUGACAAACCAGCUGCCUCGAAUCUUCACUAGUAUUGGUGAGGAUUACGAUGAGAGGGUGCUGCCUUCCAUCACCACAGAGGUCUUAAAGGCUGUUGUGGCUCGAUUUGAUGCAGGGGAGCUCAUCACGCAGAGAGAGCUCGUGUCUCGGCAGGUCAGCGAGGAUCUUACAGAAAGAGCUUCCACCUUCGGGCUCAUCUUGGAUGACGUAUCACUGACACACUUGACCUUUGGUAAGGAGUUCACAGAGGCUGUUGAGAUGAAGCAGGUGGCCCAGCAGGAGGCUGAGCGGGCCCGUUUUGUUGUAGAAAAGGCUGAGCAACAGAAACAGGCUGCCAUCAUUUCAGCAGAGGGAGAUUCUCAGGCUGCCUUGCUCAUUGCCGACUCUCUGAUGGUGGCCGGUGACGGUUUGGUGGAGCUUCGUAAACUGGAGGCUGCAGAAGAGAUCGCCCUCCAGCUCUCACGCUCCCGCAAUGUCACUUACCUGCCAUCAGGACAGGGCACGUUGCUGCAGCUGCCCCAGUGAUGGCUUCCUUACCCACUUUAACCAGCUGCGACAUGGGCCAUGGAGGGGGUAGCUUGAUGAUUCACCAGAUGAUUCUUGCAUCUUCACAUACAUUCCUCCCACUCUUUCUCAAACUACCACUGGACUGGGCUCUGCUGUUUGCAGCAUGGUGGGGGAUAGAGUGAGAGGUCUGUGAAUACAUGUAUGAAGUCCACUUUUGUGUCUGGAAGUUAAUGAGAGAAUUUCUCCAUAUUUGAUUAACUAAACAUACAAUAGUACUUUGAGAAAGAUCAAGAAUGCAGUUUAUUCAAAGUGCAUCUGCUUCAAUGGGAGCAUUGCAUGUGUGGAAAGCAUCAACUGAUAUUGUGUUGAAAAGAUUUGCUAAACAAUUCUUCUGGCUGUUUUCUCUCCCUUUCAUUUAUAUAUAUAUUGCCAUCUUGUAUAAAUUAGGAUGUGCCUAUCUAAAAGCUAAAGUGUAGUUUCUGUUGGAAUUGUAAGUAAGCCCCAUGACUUAGAAAUGGAUUAAGUUAAUAAAGAAGUCUUUCUACCU